GGCCACGGGGCUGAGCGGUCCUCUACUCGUCUCUGCCACCCAAGCUGGAGGUGCCCAGUGAGGAGUGGCACUGCCUCCAUAAGAGAGGACUGGCUCAUAUGCCCACCCUGGUCCAGUUCCUCAACUCACUGGAGUUCUGCAAUGCAGUCAUUCAGGUGGCUCACCCCAGCAUCAGGGACAGCUGGUCAGCUAACAUCUACAAUGGCUUUUUCUGCUGCCUGUGUUGGCACCGGCCCUCCACAAGCUGACCCUGGAGGAGGUGAUGACUACCACGGCCUAUCUUGGACCUGUUCGUGCGGUCGGUGUCAGAGCCGGUCCCUGCUGCAGACCUUCCUCUCCUUCAUCCUCCUCCACCGCCACGAGAACGUCCACAUCCUGGACACGCUGGUCAGCCGCAUCAACACACACCUUCCAGCUGGGUACUGUGUCUCUGGCGCUGUUCCAGACUCUCAUUGGACUGUACUGUGAGGAUGUGAUGCUGCAGCUCAUCUUGAGGUACCUGAUCCCCUGUAAUCACAUGAUGCUGAGCAGAGACGGUGGUGAAGGAGAGAGAUUCUACUCUGUGUCGGCCGCUAAGAUCCUGGCGCUCACACCCUCCUGCUGCUCCCCCGAACACAGCCCCCCCCCCUCAGACAGCUGGACUCCAUCCUCUGGGCCAUUUGUCAGUGUUCUGUUGUCACGUCUGGAGAACAUGCUGGAUAACUCUCUCCAUGUCAACCUCCUGCUGACUGGUAUACUGGCCCAGCUGGCUGCCUACCCCCAGCCCCUGCUGCAAUCCUUCCUCCUCAACACCAACAUGGUGUUCCAGCCCAGCGUGCGCUCACUCUAUCAGGUACUAGCCUCCCUUAAGAACCAGAUAGAGCAGCAGGCCUCGACCAAGAAGAACUUCCCAGAGCUGAUCACCUCCGCCCAGCACUGCCUCCUGGCCAGGGAAAGUUCACUCAAGGGUCAAGGUGAGACUUGA